CCAGGAUGCGGACGCCGCUGGUGAUGACGGUGGGCAUGGUGCUCGCGCCCUGCGGGCUGCUCCUCACCUUAACCGGCACGCUGACGCCAGGCUGGAGGCUGGUGAAGGGCUUCCUUGACCAGCCGCGGGACGUGGUGUUGUACCAGGGCCUGUGGGACCUGUGCCGCGAGCAGAGCAGCCGUGAGCGCCAGUGCGGCCAGCCGGACGACUUGGGCUAUUUCGCCGCCGAGCCCGUGCGGGUGGCUCGGGGACUCACGAUCACGUCGCUGGCCGCCACGGCCCUGGGGCUGCUGCUGGCGACGCUCGGUGUGCGCUGCUGGCAGGACGAGCCCCACUUCGCUCUGGCCGGUCUCUCCGGCGUCGUGCUCUUCGCCGCUGGCCUCUUGAGCCUCAUCCCGGUCUCUUGGUACAACCACUUCUUAGCGGAUCGCGUCGUCCUGCCCGCCCCGCCCAGUCCGGUCACGGUGCAGGUCGGCUACAGCCUGGUGCUGGGCUACCUGGGCAGCUGCCUGCUGCUGCUGGGCGGCUUCUCGCUGGCGCUCAGUUUCGCGCCCUGGUGCGUUGAGCGCUGUCGCGGCUGCCGCAAGGCGCCCCCCGGCAGCGCGCGCCGUAGCAGCAUCAGCACCGUGUACAUCGACUGGCCCGAGCCCGUGCUCACGCCGGCCAUCAAGUACUACAGCGAUGGCCAGCACCGGCCACAGCCCGCCCAGCUGGGCGCCGCCAGCCAGCGCAAGGCCGGCUUCCCUAUGCCCCGGCCGCCGCCCAAGGCCUACAGCAACCCCGUGGACGUGCUCGAUGGGGAGACGGUUCCAGACUCUCAGCACAGCUGGUCCUCCCGCAGCACCAGGCCCUGUGGCAGCGCGCUGCCCUGCGACUCUGACCUGUAGGCGGCGCCCCUAGUCUGCUCUGGCCGGGCUCUGUCUGGAUGAAGGACUCGCCCCACCACGGUCCAGCUCUGAACUUGACUAUUACCUUUCCGUCGGACACCUGGCUCGGAGUAGGAGCCCCGGAAACAUUCCUGUAACUGGUUUGGAGGGCGAUCUUCCUUUCCUGUGGCCAAUCCUUGGGCGAUUAGUUCAGGUUGGGUUUGGUUUUAUUUAUAGAGUUUAGUGUUCCUCUCCAGAAGGAUCAGGGUCCUCUUCUGGGGCGACAGGCUUUUCAUACUUUUAGCUGGAGACAUAGAAGGGGUGACUUUACAUCCUGUUGAUAAUAACAGUGUCAAAAUCAGUAAAUAGAGGCUCAAAACUGGUUUAUCACCUCGAAACAAUAUUCUGAAAUGCUGAUGAACCUUGCAUCGAUAUAAUUAUUAUUAAUUUUUUUCCACUGUAUAAUUCAUUUUCAUGCAGACUCUCAAGAGACCAGUAUAUUUCUGACUAUAUUUGAAUGCAGUUCUUAAAGGAAACCAUGCAAAUACCGACAGCUUUAGUGGCUUUUAUGGAAGGAAAUAACCUGAUUAACUCAUAUUUACAUUUCUUCAUGUAUAAAGAGGAUUAUCAUUUUAUCGCUUAUUUUUGGUGUGAAAGUUGAGGUCACUCCAGACUUUCUCUUCUAGACUCCAGAAGGAGAACGAAAGAACUAAUGCUGUAUUGUUCUAUUUCUUGGCUACCUCACCCUGGACAUAAAGGACUGUAUAUUAAAUACUUGGAACAAAAUGGAACCUGUUAAUCACAUUAGGCUAGUGUACAUGUGUAUAUAUCUCUUAUUUAUAAAUAAAUUUUGAAAACAAGAG